UAGAAGUCCUUGUCCUUGUACGGUGUCCUUUUAAAAUUAAAUACCCGAAAUAAAAUUGUUUCCCCCCUUAGGGCAGAAAAUCUUUAUUUUUGUCGUGUGUACGUACUUAUUAACAGUCCAAAUCGCAUACUAACACAGGUAACCUUUGCGCCAUUCACCCAUCUCGUUUAAAAUGAUCAAUACCUGUGACAAAAGUGGAUUUCAGAGUGAAAUGACCAGUAAAAUUUAAAUUUUACCCAUUAGAGAAGAGGUUUAUCUUGUUUCGAAGACAAAUUUAUACAAUUAUCGUUUGCGUUGCUUUAAUAACAGAGAGACAAGAAAUGGCUAGUUUUGCUUCACAAGCAGCUCUGAGGGCUAAGUGGAGCUCUCUGGUUGAGGAGCAUUCAAUUGAUGUCCCUAGUGAAGUCACUAAUAAAGUCACCAGUGUGGUUGGCUGGCUCAAACAGGCUUCUCUGGAAGUGAGAGCAGCUGGUCGUAGGGCUGUAAACAGCUUGGCAGGUUCGAACAUGUCAGAGAACGUAGUUAUUUUACAUUUCAACGAUGUGUACAACGUUGAAUCCAGGCCAGGGUUGGAGCCAGUGGGUGGAGCUGCGAGAUUUUGUACAGCCAUCAAAAGUUUUCAACAUUUGAACCCUCUGAUUUUGUUUAGCGGGGAUGCGUUCUCGCCCAGCAUGCUAAGUACCUUUACCAGGGGAGAACAGAUGGUACCAGUAUUAAACGAAAUAGGAACACAUUGUGCUGUAUUAGGGAAUCAUGAUUUUGACCAUGGUCUAGAAGUCCUAUCCCAAUGGGUAGCCCAAACCGACUUCCCUUGGCUAAUGUCAAAUGUGGUAGAUAACGAAACAGGUCGUCCCCUAGGCGAGGGGCGUAUCACACACGUCGUCCACUGGGCGGGGCACCGCAUAGGCCUUGUGGGAUUGGUCGAGAGGGAGUGGCUCGACACCCUGGCCACUAUCAACCCCGAGGAAGUGACGUUUUUGGACUUUGUAGAGGCGGGGCAAAAGCUAGCCGCCCAAUUGAAGCACGAGGGCUGUGAUUACGUGAUAGCUUUAACGCACAUGCGCACACCUAACGACGUCAAACUAGCGGAGAACUGUGACGAAAUCGACCUUAUCUUGGGUGGACACGAUCACGUGUACGAAACGCACUUGAUCAAUGACAGAUACGUUGUCAAAAGUGGCACGGACUUCAGACAGUUCAGCAAGAUAACCAUCGACUUCGAGAACAAGGCGAAGCAUGGAGGUAAACCGGAAGUAACUAUCGAAGAAGUGAACGUGACGUCACAGUAUCAUGAAGAUCCGAAGUUGAAAGAGAAGUUGGAUAAAUAUACAGGCGUUAUAGAAUCCAAACUAGAUGACAUUUUAGGCUGCUUUCCUGUUCCUCUGGAUGGGCGUUUCACUUCAAUCCGCUCCUCCGAAUCGAAUCUCGGCAAUUGGGUUUGUGACGUCAUUUUAGCGGCAACAGGCGUGGAUUUGGUGAUUUUGAAUUCUGGAACGUUUAGAUCUGAUCAAGUUCAUCCUGCGGGAGAUUUUACAAUGAGAGAUUUAAUCAGUAUUAUUCCUAUGAGGGAUCCUUUGGUAGUUUUGAAGGUUUCUGGUCAGCAGAUUUUAGAGACUCUAGAAAAUGGAGUGUCAAUGUAUCCUAAGUUAGAGGGUAGGUUUCCCCAAGUGGCCGGUGUUAGUUUUGCCUUCAAUCCUAGCAAACCGCCUGGGAAACGAAUAGAACCAAAUUUGAUAAGAAUUGGGGAUGAAUACCUCAAAUUGGACCAAUUUUACAGACUGGCCACGAAGAGUUACAUGAACAAUGGCUGUGAUGGGUACACCAUGCUCAAAAACGCCGAAAUUUUGGUAAACGAAGGGGAAACUCCAGAAUUAGGUUUGGCCAUCCAGAAUCACUUUCAAGCCAUUAACAUGAGGUUAGGAAAGACUAAAAAACAGUCCAAACAUAGACAAUCAUUAGUUACUCUAUCUAGAAGACAUAGUUUAGUGAAAAUGCUGGACAGCACAGAGCUUGAUGGUCCUCCCCCUUUAAGGAGGGCCAGCACAAUAGAGACCUCCUCCCACAACAACAUUCACCACGUCACUAAACUGACACGUAGGGCUUCCUUAGAUGAUCUUGAACAAGAAACCUGUCAAUUAAUACCGAAAAUCGACCACAGGAUCGUCGUGAUUAACAGCGAAGAGUACCACGAGUUAGUGCUGCAACGUCAGAGGUACGAACAAGACUCUGUCAUAGAAGAAGUUGAUGAAUGCUCACCACAAAAUUAAAUAUUAAUUUAAUUCCUAUUCCUGCUUAAGUUUGUAUAUAAAAUUCCAAAUUUUUCGAAGGUUAUAACAGAAUUAUAAGAUCUAACAUAAUAUGAAACAACGUUUGCAGACUUAGGACCGGGAAAUGAAAAACCCUUUAUUUUGAAAAAAUCGCCGACGUUUUGACGUAUAAUCUAGUCUUUUUCAAGGCUAUUUUCAGAUAAAGGGUUUUCUGUCAAACGUCUAAGCAUAAUUAUAUUAUGUCCUAUGAACAGUAUAAAUUUUAAAAAAGGAACAUCAAUCACUUUAAUAAAAAAUUAUCUAAUAAUAGCCGUCUAUCGAAGAAUGAAAUUUUUUUAUGAAGAAUGCAUUUUUCACAAGAAGUUAAUAAUAAAGUUAUGUUCCUCUUGUAAAGACAAUUCAGGGACAUGCUGUAUACUGUGUUCGUCUCAAAAGUGGCUCACCCCUAUAACUUUUUAAUUUUUUUUAGAUAAAAAACGAGAUUUGGUAUAUU